CCCCGAGGGUGUCACGGGGGCGGGGCGGUGGGUCCGGGGCCCAGGCUAGGGGCGGAGCUGGGCGAUGGCGUCCCGAGCGGCUCGCUGGCUGGCGUUGGCGCCUGUCCGGCUUGGGGCUUUCCGGAGCGGGCUGAGCCUGAGGAAAGGGGGUGAUGUCGCUGCCGGACAGGGCCACCCAGGUCGGAAUCUGGUACCGUCGAGGUCAGUCAUCGUUACUCGCAGCGGCGCCAUUUUGCCUAAACCGGUGAAAAUGUCCUUCGGCCUCCUCCGCGUGUUCUCCAUCGUGAUCCCCUUUCUCUACGUCGGGACGCUCAUCAGCAAGAACUUUGCUGCUCUACUUGAAGAACAUGACAUCUUUGUUCCAGAGGAUGACGAUGACGAUGACUAACAGGGCAUGGACACAGUGCAGAAUGGACAAAGCCCUAACUUAAGAAGCAGUGAUGCUCACGGCCUCUCCUCCUUCCUGUCGUAUCAGCAGAUGGGCCCAGGGCAAGCCCUCAACCUCCUGACCCCAGUGAAGCCUCCGACAUGGUCGGUGACCACAGGCCAGAUUGCCAGGCUCUGGGAGGUUUCCAGAGAUACGCUGUCCCCUGGGCAUAAUCAAAUUAUAAAUAAACAUAGUGAACAUCAGCUCUGUA